CAGCCGCAGCUUGACGGGGACAACAACGGAUGGCUCUGCAUGGACAUGAAGAACAACAUGAAGACAAGCCUCGCGGAGAGAGUCGCUUAUGGUGCACCCCCCCUCACAGAGGAGGGUUACAUCUUAAUGAAGGGGCCUAGAUUUAGAGGAAAAGCGCACCAGCUAUUACUAACGGCGGUCAUGGGGCACGCGUACGGCGCGUUCCUGGUCACGGUGUCUCCCAAAUGGGCGCAGAGCGCUGACUCAGACCAGGAGGUUAGGCCGACCGCCUGCUUCGUGGCCUGGAUGCACUGCAUGCUUGAGAGGGCAAACGCGCGCGGCGCAGUCGUGCACUGCAUACAGUGUGGGGCGUCCGAGCAUCUCAAGCCCGGGGACGAGCAGGCAAAGACCGUCAAGGUGUGCAGGGGUUGCCGGCUGGUGCGCUACUGCAGCAAGGAGUGCCAGGCCGCAGCGUGGCCCCAGCACAAGGCAAUCUGCAGGAAGUUCAAGGAUCAGUGACACCAAAAACAGGACGCCAUUUGGGUUUUUUUCCAAAUGAAAUCGCGUAUGUGUACAGCAGAAUAACCGGCUUCAAGCUAUACUGUACGAUAGAGGGUCCGCUAUUCGCACAUCUGCAUGCAUGCAGUAUUUGCAAUCGGUGUGUGUAAGGUCUAAACUUACUGAACUCUGAGGCGCUGAGCAAUUGUCAGCCCGAAGUCCAGUUGUCCAUUUAGGCAGUGUUGUACAGCGUCAAAAUUAUGAUUGUCAAGUCUUUUGUC